AACGAAAAAUUAGAGCCCGUUUGCAGCCCGUACCAGCGCUACAGCCGGCGCUUCCUCCUUCCUCUAGAUCCCCUGCGCCCUCCCGCGUCCCGCCCGCUCUCCCGCGUCCCCCCCGCUCUCCCGCGUCGCCUUCGCGCCAAAUCCGGCUCCUCGUGCCAAAUUCGUUCCUCUCUUCCACCACAAAUCGCUCCUCCCGCGUAAAUCAGCUCCUAAGCCAUCCAAAAUCGCCCCCAAAUCUUCACAUCCCUAACCCUAGACGCAAGCCGCCGCCGCCGUCGAUCUCAACACACCGGCGCCGGCGACCACAGCGAGAUGGCGGGACAGUCCAAGCGGACGAAAGCACCAGCGCCUAUGGAGUUCCCGCGACCCACGGCUGCUCAAAUCGCCCCCCCACCAACAGCUCAUAUGGUUCCGCCGCCGCCCAUGUUUGUUCCUGGAGCCUGGUUACCCCCACGACCACCACAGUCCAUGGCGGACUCCUCCCCACCAUGCUGGAUCGCUGGGGUACAGCCACCAAGUACGGCUGGUUCAAAGACUCAAGUUCCCAUGUGGACUGAACCCAUGGCUGAGAAUCUUGAGGAUAAUGAUCUGCAAGCAUGGGGAUUCGAUUCUCAUCCACAUGGUGGUUUCCUUAAUUUGAUUAAUAAUACAUCAAGCCAUGCAAAAGCCAGAAAUAAUUGGAGUUCAUUGCAGCCAAUCAAUGGUAGCAAUGAAAACAGUGGUGGCGAUUGCACUAGAACUGAAAAGCGUUUGACAUGGACAAAACAAGAGGAUCUAAGAUUGGUCAGUGCUUGGUUGCAAAAUUCAAAUGAUCCAAUCCAAUCAAAUUAUAGGAAGAACGACCAGUAUUGGAAAGAUGUUGCUGCCGUCUACAACAGUACCACCCCAAAAAACAGAGAAAGACAAGUCAAGCAAGUGAAGGAUCGAUUUGCUAAAAUAAAGAAAAAGGUUGCAUGGUUUUGUGGGAGCUAUAGGGAGGCUGAGGCUUUGUAUGCUAGUGGUGAAAAUGAUGCAGAUUUAAAGAAGAGAGCGAUCCAAACUUAUGAGGAGGAUCACAAAGAUGAUGGUCCAUUUAUGUUCGAGCAUUGUUGGGAGGUUCUUAAAAAGCAACCAAAAUGGGACGCGUAUUUGGAACGCCUAGAAGAUUUGGAGUCGGGCAAGAGGAAGUUUGUUGUUGAUGAUGAAGUGGGAAAGCAUUUCACUCUCGAUGAUGUUCAAGAUGAACGACCACCAGGUGGCAAGCAAGCUAAGGGGAAACCGAAACGGAAAAGAAAUGACGAAAGUUGUAUAAUAGAUCUUGAAGAUGAGCUUAGCAAGUUUGUAGAAGCUCAGACUGCAGCAAAUGAAGGCCGCAAAGAAAUGUUAGAGACACAAAGGCGUGUGUCGAGUGAGAAUCUGGAAGCUCGGAAGCUUGCAUGCCUUGCAGCAAAAGAUCACAAGGAGUCAGUCAUGCUAGAAACGUAUCGCUCAUUGAUGAUGCAAGACACGACUGGGAUGUCCGAAGACGUGAGAUCUGAGCAUGUGUUGGCACUGAAGUGUUUCAGGGAGAAGCUGUUUGGAAAAACUGACUAAGGACUAUGCUAUGAUGUGGUGAUUGCUGCAGUGCAAACUGGUUCGAAGCUUCUUUCUACCAAGAUCAAUAGAUAAUGGCUUGUUUGGCAGUCUAUUUGGUUAAUGUUUUUGUUUGAAAGACUUAUUUGAAGUACUUUUGGUUAAUGCUUGUAUCAGAAAGAGUGUAAUGCUUAAUUGUUGUUGUCAUGGUGUGUUGUGUGCGACCAGGUAAUGAGGGCAAUGUUGCUAGAAAGAAUUGUGUUAUCUGGGCAUUAUGAUGAUCAUUGAUGAUUGCAAGUUGAUCUGCUAUUGGGUCCUUCAUAGUAAUAGUAAUUUGUUUGUUAUGUAGGAGCAUAUAUAUGAAUGUUGUUUGAUGAAAUGGCCACAAAGAUGUAUUGUAUGAUGGAUCCUGCACCUUUUGUGCACAUGCAAGCAUUUAAAUGAAUGGGGCCACUCUUAUAGCUAACCCAAAAGCUAAGCCAUUAUAUGAGGGAAUGCUUAGAUGACAUGGCAGUGUACUAUAGCCAGCAGCCGACUGCUCUAUUAACCAUGC